CACUUGCGGAGCAUCGAAGAGCCGAGGAUGACGGCGGAGACGGCAGCUCCUUGUGUACAGGGGAUGCAAGGGGUGCAGACUGCCAUGGCAGGUCAGGGCACAUUGCAACAGGUGCAAGAUGGAAAAUCCGCCGGUGGUUACUACUCCUCGACUUCCGCCGUCUACGAUCCAGAGUACGCCCGCAUGGAGGCUUGGCUCGACGAGCAUCCCGACUUCGUCAAUGACUACUUUCUCAGGAAAGUGACGAGACAGACAGUGGACAUGUGGUUAGUCUCGCACGCGACACCAACAUCUUCGUCGAGCAGCUGCGUGGAAAUAUCGAGUCCUACCCACGUGGGUGGCAUGUCGUCUUCUGGACGUGGUGGCUCCGGCGGGUCAGGUGCCACGACGCCUGUUCGGAAGAUUUCGGCUCACGAGUUUGAGCGUGGUGGUUUGCUAAAGCCGAUCGUGAACACGAUCGACGGGACGCCCACCUUCUUAAGCGUCUCACCUGGAGAUUCGGCACAACCAGGUCAGCAAGUCGGUUCGGGAAACGCAGGCAGACCCCAGAGGCGAUCCAGGCAUGAAUUGAGGCACCUUGACGAGAAGGAUCUCAUCUUUGAAUUGGUGAAGGAUAUUUGUAACGAGCUGGACGUGAGAUCGUUGUGUCACAAAAUCUUGCAAAACGUGAGUACUCUGCUACACGCAGACCGUGGUUCCUUGUUUCUCGUUCAGGGCGAAAGGGGCGGUAGUUGCAUGCCCUCCUCGCAAAAUCACGAUUCCUCGUCGAACAGUCCCACUGACAACACGAGUCCAAGGAAAACGGGAAAUGAGAGCUUCGAACACCGUGGAAUGGGCUAUCCGAGAAGCAGGUGUCUGGUCUCGAAGUUGUUCGACGUAUGCUCGAGAUCGACGCUGCUCGAAAUGGAGAAAAAAGACGAAAUCAAAAUUCCUUGGGGCACGGGAAUUGUUGGAUACGUCGCCGAAAGCGGGGAACCUGUCAACAUACCGGACGCUUACAAGGACUCGAGGUUUAAUCGUGAAAUCGAUGCUUUAACGGGAUACAGAACCAGAGCCCUUUUAUGCAUGCCGAUAAAGGAUUGCAACGGAGAUGUCAUUGGAGUUGCACAAGUGAUCAACAAACUCGGUGGCGAAGGUCAAUUUACCGCACAGGAUGAGAAAGUUUUUGCUGGAUAUUUGCAAUUCUGCGGUAUUGGAUUAAGGAAUGCACAGCUUUAUGAGAAAAGUCAAUUGGAGGUGAAAAGGAAUCAGGUCCUCUUGGACUUGGCUAGGAUGAUUUUCGAAGAGCAAAGCACAAUAGAACACAUGGUCCUAAGGAUUUUAACACACACGCAAUCUUUGAUACAGUGUCAGCGAGUACAGGUUCUCCUUGUGCACAAGGCGUCAAAGGGCAGCUUUUCGCGAGUCUUUGACUUCGAAGCGAACGACCUCACCGGCGAGGAUUCUGAUUCUCGCACUAGUCCAUUCGAGAGCAGAUUUCCUAUAAAUGUCGGCAUUACUGGUUACGUUGCUACGACUGGCGAGACCGUAAAUAUACCGAAUGCCUACGAAGAUCCAAGAUUCGACCCUUCGGUAGACGAUGGUACCGGUUUCAGGCAUCGAACUAUUCUCUGCAUGCCCAUCAAGAAUUCAUCCGGUCAAAUCAUUGGUGUCAUUCAACUGAUCAACAAAUUUGACGACUUAGCAUUCACCAAGAACGACGAAAAUUUUGUCGAGGCGUUCGCCAUUUUCUGCGGUAUGGGCAUUCACAAUACACAUAUGUACGAAAAAGCUGUGAUAGCAAUGGCCAAACAGAGUGUCACGCUGGAAGUGUUGAGUUACCACGCUUCUGCAUCGCUGGAGGAUGCACAAAGAUUGAGGAGUUUGAGAGUGCCUUCCGCAGCGCAUUUUCAAUUGCACGAUUUUAAGUUCGACGACAUUCACAUGGAAGACGAUGAAACCUUAACAGCAUGUCUUCGAAUGUUUUUGGAUCUUGAUUUCGUCGAACGUUUCCAUAUCGACUACGACGUCCUUUGUCGUUGGCUUCUUAGCGUAAAAAAGAACUACCGAAAUGUCACAUACCACAAUUGGCGUCACGCGUUCAACGUCGCUCAAAUGAUGUUUGCAAUUUUAACUGCCACGCAGUGGUGGAAAAUUUUUGGGGAAAUCGAGUGCCUAGCGUUAAUCAUUGCUUGUUUAUGCCACGAUUUAGACCACCGGGGCACGAAUAAUUCUUUUCAAAUCAAAGCGUCCUCGCCACUGGCGCAACUCUACUCGACGUCAACGAUGGAGCAUCAUCAUUUCGACCAGUGUCUUAUGAUACUAAGUAGCCAAGGAAAUCAAAUUUUAUCGAACUUAUCUCCCGAAGAAUAUUCUCGUGUAGUAAAAGUUCUCGAAGAAGCAAUCCUUUCUACUGACCUAGCGGUCUACUUCCGAAAGAGAGGAGCUUUUCUUAGCUUAGCUCAAGGAGGUGGCUACAAUUGGGCUUAUAGCGAUCACCGAGAACUGCUGAGAGGAAUGUUGAUGACUGUGUGCGAUUUAGCGGCUAUAACUAAACCUUGGGAAGUCGAGAAAAGAGUAGCCGAAUUAGUCAGUAGUGAAUUUUUUGAACAAGGAGAUAUCGAAAGGCGGACUCUCAAUAUUACUCCCAUAGACAUUAUGAACCGAGAGAAAGAGGAUCAACUGCCAAUGAUGCAAGUUGGCUUCAUCGAUUCGAUUUGCCUCCCUAUUUACGAGGCAUUCGCUUUAUUAUCGGAUAAAUUGGAACCACUGGUCGACGGUGUUAGAAAAAAUAAACAACAUUGGCUCGAGGUUGCGGAAUCCGGAUCUAAGACAGACAACUGCACAAAUCACGAUAGGACACUGUCGCUGUCUGAUAACGAAGAAACUAGCGAACAGGCGGAUCAAUAGUUGUUCUUUCAACGAGCAAAGGAAAACGUGAAAUGGAGAUAAAUGCACACGAAUAAAUAGUGUUUACUUCUGUUUCUGGAACGAAG